AUGGUACGUUCUUGCGUAAUGUCGGCAUUUGCCAACUUCAAUGAUGAUACAUUAGCUUCAGAGGCUGUUUAUGAAUUAUUUUAUGAUUCGACCAAUCACCGUUCUAUCAUUUAUCUGAUUAUGAGUUUGUUUUUUGGAAACUUUUGCAUCUUGCUUGUUUCGUUAUCACCGCCGCAACCUCAUCUACUAAUGAGGCUGUUUAUGAAAUCACUUCAUGAUUCGACCCAUCACCGUUCUAUCAUUCGUCUGACUUGCCUCCGAUACACACCAUCCACAUAUGUUAAGCUUCAGAGGCUGUUUAUGAUCUACAUGAUUCAACACAUCACCGUUCUAUCUUUUUCCCAACUUGAUGUUUUCAGACUUCAGAGGCUGUUUAUGAUCUUCAUGAUUAGACCCAUCACCGUUCUAUCAUUUAGAAAAGCAGAGAACAGAAGCCAUGGAUGGACGCUCGGUGUGCCAUCAGAUCUACGCGAAGACUCUUUCACUUGUCAGAUCAAGGGAUCAGGUAAACGCCGUGAUGGAACGGCGGACACGCGGGUUCUCGUCCCCGACUUUGCUUCAGAGGCUGUUUAUGAAUUAUUUCAUGAUUCGACCCAUCACCGUUCUAUCAAUUUUCUGAUCCUUCUUAAACCACAAUGUCUUGGCUUUUCGUAUCCGUCGAGUCUUGGUAAGCACUCUUCUCACAACUCGCAUCACCGAAUCAAACCCCCACUACAUGAUGAGACUCAGCUUCAGAGGCUGUUUAUGAUUACAAUCAACAUGAUUCGAAACAUCACCGUUCUAUCACUUUCUGACACCCGCUACGACGCCACAACCUUACUCACAUCUCUUCAGCAGCACGUUCCAACAUGUCCUGGACUCAUUAUGAUGAACAUCCUUCGUCAUUAA